AUGCUUGUUGUGUCCGAGGCGUGGACUGUCAAAAUGCCCCCGAAGAUGACAGGCAUGAAGGACUCCUGCCUGGUCAUCCCCUGCUCCUUUUACUAUUCCACCUAUCCAGCUAGCAAUCCACUGAGAAUAGUCUGGUAUCAGUAUGUUAGUAGAGGUUACCCUUUAGUAUAUGAUAAAGAGAACCCAUCACAUGUGAUUCACAAAUUCAGAGGGAAAACAGAGUUGUAUGAAAGACCAAAAAUGUGGACGUGCAGCCUCAAAAUUAAUCGGCUGGAACCAUCUCAUCAUGGAGAGAAAAUUUACACUUGGGUGGACCCAGGUUAUGUAACAUACCGUUAUUACAAAUUUUAUGACACAACUGUGGAAAUUGAUGUGGCAGUCUCGGCAGAAAAGCCAGAGCUCACCAUUGUCGGAGAGCCUGAGUUGGGGAAACAGAUGACCGCUCUCUGUACUGUUUACCACACAUGCCCCCCACACCCCCCGGAGCUGACCAUCAUAGGCCCAUCAGGGACUGAUGUUCGCACUAAUAAAGAGAUAUAUGAGUACUCAUCCUCCCAACCUGAUGGUCUGAAGGUUUUGUGGUACCAGUACAAAACAGAAGGAUACCCCUUAGUGUAUGACAAAGAGUCACCCGUCAACGUGAUCGACAAGUUCAGAGGUUCAGUUGAAAAGGUUGUUAUAGAUCCUAAGCCAUCAGAGUUCGUAGAGGGUGUGAUGCAAAUUGUGACCUGUUUGGUGUCAUACAUCUGCGGUAAAGAAAUAACUGUCUCCUGGAAUUAUGAAGACAUGCAAAAUGAGUUGGAGUUUCCUGUUACUCAGUUAAGUGGCAUAUGGCAAACAAGCACAGGUGGUUAUGUCUACCACAAUGGGCAGACUGAAGUUCUUGACAACUUCAAAGGCCGCACCAAGAUAAUUGGGAACAUGGACGAGCAGAACUGCACCUUGGAGAUUGACGACGUGAAAGCUCUCAGCGGUUUCGGCUUGCUUGUUCUCUCGGUCCUGGUCUUUGACCCUUGCCUGUUCUCCUCGACUACUGAGUUUGGAUUGCCUGCGUUUGUGACGUUCACGCCUGGAAAGACCUUUGCCUGCCCCUGA